AUGAACCUCACAGCUACAAUCAAGCACUUGAUCCUCCUCACGCUUGCCGUCUUCUUCAUCGUAAGCAGUUCCGUAAUCGCUGCCACAGCCGAAGACUUCAACGUCGUCAAAGGAGAGCUACUCCCCCAAGGCUUCGAAUACGCUCCUCUUCGCAUGACCGGCUCAAUCGGCGAUAUCGCACUGAAACAUACCGGUACCAUCGAAGAAAUCCUGGCCAAAGUCGCAGCUGAGAACCCCGGUUUCAAGGCUGAGGAUAUUCUCACUGCAGCUGGAGCCGAUGUUGAAACUCUUGAUAUGCUAGACAAGCGAACCAAAUCCGACUUCUACUGCUGGCCAUUUGAUGGCCAACCAACUUGGAGACCAGCUGUGAACAAGUAUAUCUCUGAGGGCAUCGCGUAUCUGAAGCGUGUCCAGGGUCUUUGCUGGGUUGAUGGGCAUAAGUGCUCUAGAAUCAGCUGUUCGUGGGGAAGUGCUAUUAGUUUGUGCAAUGUGACACCUGUCACUAAAGGUCUAUCCUGCGGUUACAUGGCUUCGUACGCUCAAGAGAUCAAGGAUAGAUGUACCAUUAGGGAGAGAAAGCAACCAGACAGAUGUGGAGGGCAAUUCUGGGACACUGAGGGCUACAAUAUCAAUGUCUUCAAUGACAAGUGCUGA